ACGCUGCCCCGCAUCCCGGCCACCCAGCAGGCUCUGCAGAUCUUUGACAUGAACUACAGCAUGCAAUUCGGCCCCCUUUGGCCCUCGAUCCGCGUCAGCCUGCUCUCGGAGCGGAAAUACGGCGCCCUCAUCAACAACUUCUCCCAAGUUGACAGGGUUGUCCGGGACCUGGAGGGUCUGUGCGCCACGGACUUUAUUUAUGCAGCGCAAAAUGGGUGGCUGGAUUCCCCCGCCGAGCAAGCAGGGGGCGAGGGGCCGGCACCCCCAAGCGAGCCGAUGGAAGCGCCCGCCUUGCCGUCUGCAUCCGUGAGCCCCAACAUCAAGUGUUACACCUUCUCCAAAGGAGAUAUCAGCCGCUUUUCUCCCGCCAGACCGGACACUGUGGGGACCCUUGGCUACUAUCUGAUGGAUGCAGCAUCUCUCUUGCCUGUCCUGGCUCUCAACGUACAGCCUGGGCACCUUGUCCUUGACCUGUGUGCAGCACCAGGUGGCAAGACCCUGGCUCUUUUACAAACCGGAUGCUGCAGGCACCUGACAGCCAACGACAUCUCUGCUUCCCGAAUUAAACGGCUGCAUCAGAUUCUCCACAGUUACCUCCCCAGGACAGUUAGGAACAAUGUGUUAGUCAGCGUGUGGGAUGGAAGGGACUGGGAGCAAGUCGAGAAAGACACGUUCGAUAGGGUGCUUGUGGAUGUUCCCUGCACAACGGACAGGCACUCGGUCAUGGAGGACGACAACAACCUGUUCACCCGGGUGAGGACGAAGGAGCGUAAGCAGUUGCCGGUGCUGCAGAUGCAGUUGUUGGUUGCUGGAAUCCUUGCUGUCAAGCCAGGAGGGGAAGUCGUGUACUCCACGUGCUCCCUUUCUCAGCUGCAGAACGAGUACGUCGUCGAGAGCGCCAUCAACGUGGCAGAAACCCAGUUCGGCAUUGGCGUCCACGUCGAAGACUUGAGCUGUUUCCGGAGACUUUUCCAGGACACAUUUUCUUUCUAUGCUGAAUGCAGGGUUGGGGAGCUUGUCCUUCCUCACCUCACGGCCAACUUUGGGCCCAUGUACUUCUGCAAAUUAUGCCGGGUCCAGUGAGCAUGACAGCUCCUCCCAGGGGGAGUUAAGAUCGGGGCAUUGGUUUACCUAGUGACAUCUGAGUAGAGAUGGAAAGAGGAACUGCUCUGUAACCCCCUGAAGGAAGUCGGCCACUCGACUCCGAUCACUGAGAAUAAAUGAUGCAGAUGUAAUCUUUGAGAAAUGUGUUGUGCCUCUUUCUGGGCACUGGACUUUCGUAUCUCGCUACAGUUUGUAACUCCUUCUCUUUCCUCAACCUCCUGCUAAUUUAAAAAGCAGCUAUGACUGAAGAAAGAGAGUGGGGACUAGUACUUCUGAGUAGGAAACCAGUAGUUUGGUCUCUCCAAAUGCUCUGAAUUCAUAGACGUUACGGCUGGAAGGGACCUCACAAGAUCAUCGGGUCCAGCCUCCUGCCCAUUCAGAUUCUUCAGAGGAUUUGCUGAGUGCUAACAAUGCUCAACUCUUACCAGGCACUGCUUAGCCAGAAAUCCCCAAGGGUCUCACAGACAAGGGCUACAUCCUCAGCCCUGUUUUUACAGGGAGGAAACCUGAGUCACAGAGCAUACACAAGUGACGUGCCUCGGCUCACACAGCAGGUCACCGGAGGAGCUGGGGAUAGAACCAAGGUCUCCUGAGUCCCAGCUCAGUGCCCUGCCAGCUGGAUCCUUCAGGAGAGCUGCCUGUCAAUUACAGGGUUUUGAAGCA